UGUAUAACUCUCAGAAUCACUGGGUUUUUGGACUUCGUCCAUCGUCCGGUAUUCUAAAAACUAGAAACACUUAGAACAUCGUACGAUGCUCAAAGUCCAUAAACCCAUUAAUUCUGGAUGUACUAUAUCGUUCAGGAAAGAAAUGUUGUGGUCACAAUUACGGUACUUAAGAUCAGUUGGUAGUACUGAGUAUAGUUGAUCUGUGGCGGUCCGUGGUAUUAUUUGGUGUUCAAUGAUGGUGUUAUUAAUUGGAAAGACAGCUGAUAGAUAGGUCUUGAAUUUGUCUACUGUGCUACUUUAUGUGCGUGAAAUAGAUUAAGUCUUCAUAUCAUCAGUACGUUAGUUAAAAGAUCUAUUUCAAGUACGUAUUGUAUAAUGUAUUUUACUGUUCAAAAUUGCAGGGCGGGUACAGACCUGACAGAUAACACCGCCAAGUUUGAUUUCAAUUUGUUGCGUUAAUACACACUUAAGAGCAUCACUUUAAGGCAAAUUACGUACAAUGACAUCGUCAAAUGCAAUGCGGCAGUUGGAAGAACGACAUGUGGCAACCAAAGUGGAGCUUAUGGUGUGGUCCAACAAGAUGGACUUGCUGGCACUCUCUAAUGUUAGAGGAGAGGUGGCUCUUCAUCGACUCACAUGGCAGAAAGUCUGGGCCCUUCCACCGCCAUCAGAAGGUGUUGACGUGAAGGGAAUGGCUUGGAGACCUGAUGGCAAAGUGAUUGCUGUUGCCUACAGCAACAGUGAUAUUUUGCUGAUUGAUGUUGAGAACAAGGAAACUCUGCAUACAAGCCAUGUUGAUGGGGAGAUAACAUGUAUUAAUUGGGUCCAAGAGAAAGACCCGGGUGAUCCAAAAUCUAGUCUCCUCCGUAAACAGAAAGACAUUACAAAGAAGUACACAAUCCAGGAUAGCACAAGCAACUUCUUGCCCAAGCUGCCGUUACUCUCUCGUAGCUUUGGGUCUGUGAAUAAAUGUAUUGAAGAGAACUUGGAAGAUGCCAAGAAGAUCAAAGAGCAGACUCACUUGAAUAUUUUACUUGUAGGGGUAAACACUGGAAAAUUGUAUCUGAGCAUAUUUGGAUUGUUUCCUUGUGGAGUUGUUGACAUGAAUAGUCAUAUUGGUGGGCAUUUGUGUACUAUUUUGGAUGCAGAUGUGUCUUGUGACUUACGUGUGUUGUUUAUUCUACUAUCGUGUUGGAAAGAAAGGGAUCAAGGAGAGGAUCAAGUUAAGGAUGAGAAGAAAGAGCUCUCCCUUGUUUUGUUGGACACUUCAGUGUUAGCAGUUCGUUCCCCUGAACUUCAUGCAUUGGCUCUGAAACAUGGUCACAUUGUCAGCCUUUUAGGCUACCUGUCUCACACCAUGCAUUCAAUCACUGAAGCUUGGGAGAACAUUUUGUUAGAGAUGGAUUCCAAACUAGCUUCAUAUGCAGCAACAGUUCCCGAAGGGUCAGUGUCUGCAGACUUCUUGGAUCUUCUGAUGUUUGGAAUUCCAUCAGAUGAGCUAGAGAUGUUCCUGCUGCAAGAUCUUACUGAAAAGGGACUUAAGAAGUUAGGUCAUUCAAUUGAACUGAGCUACUCAAACAUUCAAAAGCUGGUUCUUAAACAUUUACACUCAGUGGGUCAGAGUUUAGCAUACCACUUGUCUGAACUGCGAGGAAUGGCUCGACGCACCGACCGAUAUCAAAUGUUGGGUUUACAGGAGGAGACAGUAGCCAAGUCGCUCACAGCUACAGGUGCUUUCCUUGUUAAAGCAACAGAAGUUCAGCAGGUUAUCGAUAACUCCAUGAAGAACUACAAGGUCUUCUUUAGGUGGUUAUAUGUUGUGAUUCUCCGUCUGACUGAUGAGCGUGUGCCAGCAGAAAUAACCAAAAUGACUCAACAGGAUUUAGCUUUUAUAGCAGAUUUCUUACGCAACUUUGAUGGCACCAGGGUGAGACAGGAAGGUGACGGUGUGCCAAGUGGGAGUUCCCGGAAACCAGGGUUUAAUUUGGAAAGGCUUGGUCAGUAUUUAGUGGACCAAGAAUUGAUAAUCCCCCCUGAUACAGAUAACAAUCCUUGGGCAAAAUUCCUGCAGGAAAAUAGUCUUCUUGCAAAUCAUCCAUCAAUAAUUCCCCAUUUUAGAAAUAUGUCUUUGGUGCAGCAACACAGUCACCUGAAGACAGCAAUUGGUGAUGUAUUUAGGCAGCCAGAAACGUCUAUAAGUGAGUUGUUUAAAGUGUCAAACAUUAUAAAAUGUUUGGACAUACCCCAGACAGGAGAACCAAGGCUCACACACAUCAAUGUGGCGGACGAUUGGAAGCUUCUGUUAGCUUUUUUAGAUUCUUCUUCUACAGCUGAAGGAUUUUACCUCAUGGAAAUACCCACUGACAAAUCCUCAACAUCAGGGGAUGAGGCAUCAGCCAGAUGUGCAUAUUUCUACUUUAACCCAUUGGCAUCAAAAGGAGGAGAAGAUAGGAGGGGCAGUGAAGCGGCUUGGUCUUUGCCGAUGAAAGUCUUGGAUGUUCAGUUCUAUUUGCAGGAUGUUCUGUCGGUUCUUCUUGAGCAAAAUGGGGAAAAUCGGAGUGCAGUAUUUGUCCAGUUUCCUAUGAGAGUUGCUCUGGAAGUUACGAUUUCAGUUUCCUUGUCAGGGAUGUCAGAUGGUGACCAGGUGAAGCAUAUCCUGAGCUGUGCUCCUCGAAUUGAAGCCACUGUGCUGCUGGAUUCUGGGGCUCUUCGACCUGUGGAAAAUAUGGUAGCCUCAAGGUUUGCUGUGAGUGGCACACGAAAGGUGGCGGUGGUUCUAUCAGAAAGUCGUCGCAAAGUCAGGCUGUUUGAAAUGGAGGUCGAAGAAGAAGAGGAGGAUGAUGAAGCAAUGGAUGCAACCGCUGCCAACCUCCGAGACAGUGACACGAGCAUUCUUGAUGUUAGCAAAAGUAUGGAUGGAAAUGAAGGGGACAGUCAGGCAGAAGAAGCUGCUGGAAUUAAUGAAUAGGUCAUAUUUUAUGUAAUAAUAUGAAACUUGUUAAGUAAUAAUAAUGUAUUUCAGGGUCA